ACUAUUUGGUAACACUGGUUAGCUGUUGCAUAGUCUGAAUGCUAGAGCUAUGUUUCUACUUCAUUUACAAGUCUUUUGACUUCAAAAGCUGUACAAGUGUUUGAGCAGUACACACAUUUUCCACGUUUUGCCAGCAGCCAGCUCACGUUUCGUGUCCAACAGACUUAAAAUGCGUUACGUGGCUGCAUACCUGUUAGCUUCCCUUGGUGGAAAAGAACCAUCCAAUGAUGAUAUUGAAAAGAUCCUAAGUUCUGUCGGUAUCGAAUCUGACGCAGCUAAAGCUAAUCUCGUUCUCAAAGAACUGAAGGGCAAAAAUGUCGAUGAAGUUAUUGAGAGUGGCCGAUCUAAAUUAGCUAGCGUACCAACUGGUGCCGCCGUAGCAGCAUCUGCGGGAGCUGGAGCAGCAGCACCAGCAGCAUCUGAAGAAAAAGCUGCCAAGAAAGAGGAAAAGAAAGAAGAAUCUGAUAAUGAAUCUGAUGAUGAUAUGGGCUUCGGACUAUUCAACUAAGAUAAGUUAUUCUCUUGGCUGUUUGUAUUUCAAAAACUGAUGGUUAAAUAAAACAAUUGUUUUAAU